AUGAGCGACACAAACCAGUCAAUAGUUGAAAAAGAGAUUGUAGUUGUAACCGACCAGGAGAUAUCAAAGCAUUUGAAGCCAACUAAUGGUCUUCCAAUGCGUAAGUGGAAGGUUUCGAUCUUUGCAAUUGACGAUAUGGCAGAACAUUGUCCUCUAAAUUACGUUGAAAGAGUUGAAUAUAUCUUACAUCCAACAUUUGAACCUCCUGAAAGAGUGGUGCGGAAACCUCCAUUUACACUUUCUGAAAAAGGUUGGGGCGAGUUUGAUAUGAAGAUAACAUUAUAUUUUACAGAUAAAACCAUUAUUCCUUUUACUUUUUUUCAUGAUCUUAAUUUCAAAAAAUCUCAUUAUGAAGUUCCUCACAAACUAACUUUUACGGAUCCAAAACCAACAUUUCAGUUGUUGCUUUUUCACGAAAAAUCUGAUGAAUCGUAUUCGUCUAUGCCCAAGCCUAAUAAAAAAAAGACAAAAUCAUCACUUAAUGCUUCCAUUAAACGACAAAAAAAUGAUACAUCUGGAUCGCCAAGUUAUGAAUCUGGUAAUUCUUCGCGAUCACCGUGUUCUACUAGUGAAUCCACGAAUGAUAAAGAGAAUUAUAAGGUAGAUUAUCAAAAAUUAGCAAGAAAUCUUUAUGCAUUGGAUGAGGAUGACAUACUCGAAGUAAUACAAAUUGUCAAUGAUCAUCGUUCAGAUGACAUGUACAUAAAUGAAGAUACAGAAGGAGAAUUUCACAUAGAUUUAUACACCCUCGGUGAUGAAUUAUUGAGAACACUGUGGGAUUUUACUGAAUCAAAAUUAGACCAAAUUUCAUCUAUUUAA